CACUAAUAAACUCGUCACAACUAUAUUUAGCUAAUGAACCCAUGUCCAUUUGGUGAAUCAGCUAAUGAUCAUGAAUUUAGCUCUGUCAAAUCUUAGAGUGAUAUUGUUGUAUUCUCUGCUGGUACAUUUUGUGGAUUGUGAGGACGAAGCUGUUAAAGAGGAAAUUCUUCAUGCAUCUAGUUAUGCAGAUGCUUAUGAUAAGUACAAGAAUGCGUUUCAACCUGAAAAUAAAAGUGCCUGGUUGGGAGCAUUGUCUUUAAGUCCUGAACAAAGAAGAAAAAAAGAAAUAAAGGAGAAACGCAAACAGCAGUUAUUUAUGAAAAGACUUAAAUCAUGUAACAAGCACAACAAAAACUUCAAAGAGGGUAUAUCAGGGUUCUCUGAAACUGUUAAUAAGUUCACUAUCAUGGAAGAUGAUGAAAGAAUGAGUUAUACAGGAGUUGAUUUAAAUUCAACUGAAAUCGAUGCAGCCGAAUUUAGAGUGAAGAGACAAACUUCAAAUAUUUUACCGAGUGAUCUUCCUCAAUCUGUUAACUGGGUGGAAAAGGGCUAUGUGACAGAACCUAAGAAUCAGAAAGGAUGUGGCUCAUGUUGGGCAUUCAGUGCAAUGGUGCCGCUAGAAUAUGCAUACAAGAAAGUCACAAAGAACCUUAUAUCACUCUCAGAACAGGAUUUAAUGGACUGUAAACGUAAAGAUACGUAUCCAGAUAGAACUGGAUGUAUGGGGGGACACAUGUUUGGAGCAUGGAAGUAUUUAAUGGAAGCUCAAUCACUUGCCAGCACUGAAGAGUAUCCCUAUCAGGCCACAGGUCUGCCUUGUCGCAGUGAAGAACAUACAAAUGCUUUAGCCAAUAAAUUUACUCUUACCAGUAUCCAGCGUGUGAAAAAAGGCUCCGUUGAAGAGGUAAUGUCAGCUAUAGCACAGUACGGACCAGUAUCAGCUUUUACUGCAACUCCUCAAGGAUUCUUUGCUUACAAUAGUGGAAUUUUUGACGGAUGUCAAUUACCAAAAACCUUCCAAGUCAGUCAUGCUGUUGCGAUUGUCGGUUACGAUACAAACACUUGGCUUGUGAAAAACAGUUGGGGUAAGAAAUGGGGAGAGGACGGGUAUAUGAGAGUGAAGCGCCGAAAUGUUUGUAGGAUAUUGGAUUCUCCUGGUUACAUAACGGUAACAAAAUACCCUGAUUACGUUCCAGCUAAGGUUCCAGUUGAAGUUCCAGCUAAGGUUCCAGCUAAGGUUCCAGCUGAAAAAUCAGCUAAAAAUGCAGACGAGUCACGACCUACCUCAAGAUGUGAAGAUAAAGGAAAGGAGAGUGAUGAUAUCAACUGCGCUUAUUGGAAAACUCUGGGACAUUGUAAAUCGAAAAAAAUCAAGAUGGCCAAAUAUUGUGCAGAUACUUGCAAACUGUGUAAUUUCGUGGAUAAAUUGAAAAAUAAAAGUAUAGAACAAAGACGAGGUAGGAAUAAGUCCAAUAAACGAGGUGGUGGUAGAGGUGGCCGUCAACGAAAUUAUUCUCAAUAAUGAAUCAAUAUGAGCUGGAUGAGCUGGAUAAAGACAACCAUAUCUGUUCAUACCGGAAGAAAGCAGAAUAACGAACUGAGUCUGUAAGAUGUAUGUGCAGAGGGUUUAAUAGUUCAUUGUAAUUAUUAAAUCAGGGUAUUUUUUUAAAAGAGACUUUAUUUUUAAAUACUACUCAAAAUGAUUUACUAUCAACUUGGUCUGGAUUUUCUUAAA